AUGACGGCUAUUCAUUGUCUGACAGUACAUCGUCUGCUUGUGACGACGUUAUCUGUAUAUUGCCUAUUGACCAGUAUUUGGAAGGUGCUACAAACAAUUCUGCCAGUAGUUAACGAAGCUUUGAACGAAACAGCAAUUGGACGUAAUCUGCUAGAAGAAUAUGAAGUAAGUGCUACUUUGAAACCUGAAUCUCGUCGAGCUUUGGUUAGAUUAAUUGUUGAACAUAUUCAAGAGCAGCAUGGAAUAAUCCCAAGUACAAACGUCAAGAUUUUUUACGCAAAAGGGAUAGUGCAAAAUUUUCCAACAUUACGGGAUCCCAGCACUGCAGAGGGAUACGAGCUGUUCUACAAUCCUAAAGAUAGAAGCGGUUAUUUGAGCUGGCGCCUUCGUACAGUGAAUAGGAUAACAGAUUCUUACAAUAAUCCAAAAAAAGCCAAGAUACAAGCAGGAAUAGCUUUGUUAGCUAGUAGCAGCCCUGAAAAUCCGAGAGUUCCUGAUAGUCAGAUAAAUGAAAAUCAAGAAAAGGAAAUUGUCGAGUGGCUAAAAAAUGCAUCUCCAACGACACAAUUGGCUGACAUUGAAGUUAGGAUGAGACAGUCAUUAAAAUAUCGACGUACUAUAAUACUGGAUCCAAAACUCUCCAAAAAUAUACUCAUAGAAUUUCCACGAUUUCUAGAUACGCCAGGUUUGAUACAAAAAGAUUUUGAAGCUUUAAUGCCAGAGCAUUCAUCCAAAUUAAUUGAAAACUGGCAAGAAUUUGAAAGUAGAAUUUUUAAAGUAUCUGAAAUUACAAUUAAAAAAAAGAGUAAAAAUAUUGCAUAAAAGUGUUUAAUAAUGCACAGAAUUACAAACUUUUAAUGUUGUUUUUCAUUGAUGUGAUGAAGUGCAAUAUGUAUGUUUAUUGGCAGUAUGGGACAAAACUAUACAAACGCUAUUUUUACUUCUGCAUCUUCUACCACCAACAGCUAAAAGAAAAAAGAAGCCGAAUUGUGCAACUAUAGAUGUAGCAAUGUCACGUCUUAUAUCGUUUCAUCAGAUUGGUCUUCCACUGCCAUCCGAACAAGAACUUACAAAAAUUAGUUUGCAGCCAUUUCUACUAGCAGUCGGUUCUAAUCAACAAGCAAUCAGCAAUUUUUAUGUGGUCUUUGAUGGAAAGCUUUUGCCAUGCUCUGCUCACAUGUUAAGUAUUAGUGCUUUUGACACUCUAUUCAAGGCUCAUUAUGUAUUUGGCUGCAAAUAUGAAGAAUCACUAGAAAUAUUCUGGAAAUUUGUGCAGAUGAUAUUCUAUGACAUUGAUGUCGAUAAUCUUAGUUUUACUCCAAAAAUGCGUGAAAUACGUGCUCGUAUUUUUAAUGUAAUUAUUGAAUAGUAAACAUGGAAGAAUAUUUUUGUAGCAUAUGUAAGAAAGGAAACUUUAAUAUUAAAAAAUUAGUGUGGCAUUUACGUAACAACCAUUCUAUGUAUCUAUAUGGGAAAAAUCAUCUUUCUUGUGGACAGCCAGGUUGUGCAUUACAAUUUUUCACUUUCACUGUUUAAGCAAACAUU